ACCAAGUUCUGGCACCUAGCUUUAAAAGCUUUUAACGUUUCACCUGGGCUCGCUAUGGCAACAGAGGAGUCCAAUGACCACGACGACUUCUUUUUUCUUGAGUGUUGCACUCGCGGAAGAUGCGAUGAGACCGGAACUGCCGUGGCGAAAUUGCCUGAGUGGAACCGAAAUGGUUUGGAAGUCGACGAGGACGACGAGGAGGAAAUCGCCAUUACCUUGCGCGGAAAGCGGAACCACGCGGAGACUCGGAUGGCCAGCGUGGAAAGUUGGAGCAGCAUGGGGCGCUUGAGACCAAAGGAUUUGGACUUCUCAGAGCUUACGCGUGAGGGGCAACAUCUCAGGAUCAAAAGGGAAAACCGUGGCAUCAACUUCGAACAGCUGAAAAAGAUCUUGGUCUUCGUCAAAAAGCGCUGCGACAAGGAGGAGGCGAUCCGAGGUUGGUACGAUCACUUGACAGGUGAGCAACUCUUCUACCGGAGCAUGACUCUCGCACAGCUGCAAUACUGGUUGAUCCAUCCCUUGAGUUUGAGAUAUCAGUGUAGCUACGUGGAGGCCAUUGCCAAGAAGGACUAUGCACAGCUUCCAGCCUGGUUUGUGGGGCAUUCCUGGGAUGAGCCCGUGGUGGACUUCGUGCGACGCGUGAUGAAGAACGGCACCUUGGGCGCUGGAGAUGCCUUUUGGUGUUUGCCCUUUGCCACGCGGGCCAGUCCAUCUGGAUGGCAAUGCCAGGAGAUGUUGGUCUCCGGUGAGCUCAGUGUGGAGCCCUUCCGGACGUUGCAACACCUCAAGAUCCAAGUGAGGCAUUGCAGUCGCAACAGUUUGGAAGAGCUACAGCACUUUCUACCAGUGGAGCUGGAUUCCCUAGAGCUUGUCAUCUCCGACAGUCCCAAACUCUUGGACCUGGGCGCCCUGCUCCACAGCGCGGCUGCUGCGCACACGCAACGCACAGUCUUGGCACCCUUGCGGCACUUGCACCUGCGAGUGGAGCACAGCACCACGCAGCUUGCGAGUGUGGAGCUUUUCGGGCGGAGCUUGCGUGCCAUGCAGCUGCAGGUAUUGGAGCUGAGCCUAAGUGGCUGCGACCUGUCGCGCCUGGGGGGCACGGCCGGUGGCGCGACAGACACCGCGCUGCUGCCACUGCCACAGCUGGAGGAGCUCACCGUGGACGUCAGUGGCUGCCGAAAGCUCGAGGCCUUGGAAAUCCUCAGUGGUGAGUCUCAGGCCUUGCGAAAGAUCCACCUUCGACUGGCGGACUGCCUCAUGCUCACCACUCUGGAGGACUUGCUGCGACCCCUGGGGUCCUUAAAAGCCUGGACAGACUUGGAGUUGAACGUGGCAGGCUGCGAGUGUUUGAGAUCUUUGGGAGAGCUUAGUCAACACCUCCGUGCACAGGAAGCCUUGGAACGCUUGCGUUUGAACCUCUCUGGCUGCAUCUCUUUGCCGGAACAGAUUUUCCAGGACUUGGACGCAACCCUCAGGGAUUUGGAGGAGCUGGACGGCACACGCGAUGUGCUGGUCGUGGGCAGUCUCACUUUCGGACAGGGUCAAGGAACCCUAGUGACCCUUUGAAAUGCAUCGGUGAAAAUUGGAGGAGUAGGU